UAUCUACAAUAAAUCAAACACAUGAAAUCUAUGAAAUAUCUAGUGAUACUGAGGAUACGGUUGAACAAAAACAUGCACGAUUAGAUCAUAUUCUAAAUGAGGCUCAACGUAUUCUCGCUGAAUCAAAAGUUCUUCAUAAUCAUCAGAAAUUUCUUGAUAAUUUUGAAGAAAAAUUAAGCCCACUUGAAAAUUUGGUUGAAGAUGU